GGUCACUAUCCAUCAUUGAUUGGCCUAGAGGAGGUAAUGCCCCUACAAGAACUAGCAGAAAAGGGAAUGAUGAAAAUUACAAAGUUUUUCAGGCCAACUAUAUUCUCAAUAACUUCUAUCUCAUAAUUGAAUACAGACUCAACCUGGAGAUAAAAAAACAUCGGUGUAGUCUUUAUUAAAUUGUCUCGUUCAAAGCUUGAAAAAGACCAUAUUUAUGCAUGCUUCUUAAAAGGGAGGAUUUCUGAUUUUUAGUUGUUUCUCCCACAGCUUUGUUUUUAUCCUAUGUCUUCAGUAUAUGAAGUCGUUCGAUCAAAGUGUAUCGACGCUGACCCAUAUACAACAGCUGGCAAUGUUCGUGUUAAUUCUAAACCUGCUCAUGAAAGCAGAGUUACUAUGACAGAAUUCAUCAGUUCAUCUCAGUGCAAUCUGAAGGGGUUUGCAUAUGCUGGUGUUAUUCUUGGUUGGAUCGAUAUUGCUGCAGGAAUAGCAGCCAAGCGACAUGCUGUAUCUCCUUCAGUAACACGUUCAGUAGAUGAUGUUGCAUUCUUACAUCCAGUUAAAAUGGGGGAUAUUGUUUAUAUUCAAGCCUCAGUGAACAAAUCAUGGAAGACAUCUAUGGAAGUGGGUGUCAAAGUAGAAGCUGAGUCACCUUUAUCCAAUGAGCGAUUCUUUGUUGCUCAUGCCUAUUUAACCUUUGUCGCACUAUCACCUCGCCCUUCUGCUAGAACAUAUUUAGGCCGAAUGUUAUCUGAUCUACAGACGAUUCCUGUGCCCGAAAUUAUGCCACAGUCUCCUAUGGAACUCAAGCGAUUUGAAAUGGCUGAAAGUCGUCGUCAAACAAGAUUUAAGAAUAAAAAGGCGGAUUAUAGUCUGAUUCGAGAACGUAUGCGAGAAUGGUCACAAGGACUAAGACAAAGAGCAGAUGCAGAUGCACCCAUCAAGCAUCACCCUGGUUAUUUCCCUUUAGCAGGUACACCUAGUGAAGAAAAAGAGGAAGAAGAGCUAGUUUUUUUGGCCCAAAAAAAGGGACGUCGAUUCUCACAAGAUCCUCGUAUGCUACAACAAAUUAAAGAAAGGCCUAUAAGCUAUACAUUUGCUGAAGUAGUGGAACUUGUGAUGCCUCAGCAUGCAAACACACUCAAAAUUACAUUUGGUGGUCAAAUUAUGGACUGGAUGGAAAGGUGUGCACUUGCAAGUGCCAAUAGAUUGGCCAAAGCGCAUUUAUUGACUGCCAGUAUUGACAGCCUAAACUUCAUUGCAAGUUCAGGUGUUGGUGAUGUAGUAACAAUACGGUCUGUUGUUUCUAGAGCAUUCAACUCGUCUAUGGAGGUCUAUGUUACAGUAGAAGCAGAGAACCUAUUGACGGGUGAAACAAAAUUUACAAACGAUGGUUUUUUUACUAUUACUGCUUUGGACAAUGAUAAUGUCCCUGUUAUUAUCCCUAAAGUAGUACCACAGACAGAAUGUGGUAUGGAGAUUUAUGAAGGAGGUCAAGAGAGAAGAUCUAAGCGUCUUCAUCAAAGAAGAGAGCUUGUUAACUUGAUCAAUGCUUCUCGAAAGACAGCAUUACCUAGUGUCGUUAUGGAACAAGUAUAGACGACAAUAAACAGGUUGGGAUGUUAAAACUAGAGCGGAGAUCUCUUUUUUUCUUUUUUUUUUUGCAUGAGUAUUCGACUG